CGCAUGCGUUAUUCUAGUCCCUUGCUGUCUCUCUGUAGGCGCUCUCUUUCCUCCCUCUCUUACUUCACGCGAGGGGAAGAGCGUACCCUUAGUCGUGGUAGCGGUCUCGGCCGCUCUGCUACUCUCGUGGCUAUUCCGCCAUGGCCGGCAUUCUGUUUGAGGAUAUUUUUGAUGUGAAAGACAUUGACCCGGAGGGCAAGAAGUUUGACCGAGUGUCUCGACUACAUUGUGAGAGUGAAUCUUUCAAGAUGGACCUCAUCUUAGAUGUAAACAUUCAGAUUUAUCCUGUAGACUUGGGUGACAAGUUCCGGUUGGUCAUCGCCAGUACCUUAUAUGAAGAUGGUACCCUGGAUGACGGUGAAUACAAUCCCACAGAUGAUAGGCCCUCCAGGGCUGACCAAUUUGAGUAUGUAAUGUAUGGGAAAGUAUACAGGAUUGAGGGAGACGAAACUUCUACUGAAGCAGCAACACGUCUCUCUGCCUACGUGUCCUACGGGGGCCUGCUCAUGAGGCUGCAGGGUGAUGCCAACAACCUGCAUGGAUUUGAAGUGGAUUCCAGAGUUUAUCUGCUGAUGAAGAAACUGGCCUUCUGAAGCACCCAGGAAGCCAACCUUGCUGCUUAGUCACUCAAGGCUUGGACAUUCAUCCAUUCAAGCCUGAGGAGCAGUUACUGUUGACCACCUGUUCAGGAAGGGCUAUUUGUCUGCCCUCUGUGGGUGCAUCUUUAGGUGGUCUGGACUCCAUGGGAAACUUGCCUGUGAAAGACCCAAUGAGAGAGCUUAAAAUGGAUCAGAAGUUGUUUUGUGUGUGUAUGAUUUUUAAAUUAAACUUUACUUUUUCAGACUCGUU